AUGCAUGUCGAAUACCUUAACAUCUGCGGAAGUGCUAACCUUUUCACCACUACUGGUGGUGGAUUCGGUUCAAACACCCAAACAUCCGCGUUCGGCUCAUCCGGAUUUGGAACGGGUACAAGUGGCUUUGGCUCAACGUCAAACACCGGAACGGGUGGUGGAAUUUUCGGCAGCAAACCGUCUGGCGGGUUUGGGUCAACAGGUAAUCAAACCGGAAGUAUAUUUGGAGGCACUUCAACUUCUAGUCCAGCUACCAACACUGGAACAGGCUUUGGAGCUACUACGGCUGCCUCAGGAUUCGGUGGCAGUGGAACUGCCCUCGCUGGUGAAGUCCCGCCCUCUCAGGGUACCGCCAACCCAACAUUCAGCCCGUUUACGGAAAAGGACCCUGGUUCCUCAAACACCAGCAACUACCAAAGCAUAAGCUUUAUGACCCCGUAUCAGAAAUACUCCUUCGAGGAAUUACGCGUUGCCGAUUAUGAACAAGGAAGGCGGUAUGGAAAUGCUAGCGGCCAGCCUGGUGCAUUUGGCUCCUUCUCUGGGUUUGGACAAGGAUCCAGCGGCUUUGGUACUACUGCUGCCAGCUCAUCUCCAUUCGGUGGUUCCACCACAGCUACCUCCGGCUUUGGAACGCAAAAUCAGACUCAGAACACUGGCUUUGGAUCAAACACUUCUAACCCACUGUUUGGAGCAACAAAACCGGCUACUGGUAUAUUCGGCCAAACCAGUUCCACGCCCUCUACAGGCUUUGGAACCACUGGAACUACUGGGGGGUUUGGUACCUCGACGACCAAUGCGUUCGGAGGAACCAAUACUGGUGGCGGUGGCUUGUUCGGCAAUACCCAACAAAAGACGACUGGAUUUGGUACCACUGCCACUCCGACCCUAGGAACUGGGUUCGGUACACAGACGAACACCACUAACUCUUCGCCUUUUGGCAAUACCCAAACUUCGACCACUUUCGGCCAGCAGGGAAGCAGUGGGUUCGGCUCAUUUGGCCAGAACCAAAACCAAGCCAAGCCGGCAUUCGGGGGCUUUGGUCAAACUCAACCACAGCAGCAAACGGGCGGGGGUCUUUUUGGAAGUACCCCCGCUACUUCUGGGACCGGCAGUUCGUUGUUCGGCAAUAAUAACCAACAGCAAGGGUCAUCCAUCUUUGGUCAGCAGAAUCAGCAGACCAAUACCAGUGGUGGCCUCUUCGGCAAUACCCAGCAAAACCAACAGCAGCAGAAGCCUGGAGGUCUGUUUGGUACUGGACUAGGAACUAAUACCACUACAACAGGCACCUCUGGAUUUGGCCUGGGCACUUCCCAGCCUGCGCAGCAAACUAGCUCGUUGUUCGGGAAUACACAACAGAAGUCAGGUAGUUUGUUUGGCACGACUCCUACACAAGGUUCUUCAUUGUUCGGAAACAAUUCAGCCCCUGCAUCCUCGAGCAUUUUUGGCCUAGGAAAUUCUACUCAGAAUACACAACAACAGCAGACUGGUGGACUGGGAACUGGCGGAAACAGCUUAUUUGGCCAAUCCCAACAGCAACAACAGCAGCAACAGCAAUCGCCUUCUGGGUUCCAGGCGUCUCUCCUUGAUGGUAACCCAUAUGGCAGUCAAUCUAUCUUCGCUGGCCUGCCUGCACCCAACACCCCAUCUCCAGGUCCACUAGCCACCCCCCUGUCCGCUAGCAUGAAACAAAAACAGCGCACACCACUACCUAUGUAUAAAAUCUCCCCACUUGCCGCAAACCGUCUUGUUACUCCCCCUACUCGUCAAGGCUAUGGAUUUAGCUACUCCACUUCCAGUACUGCGAGCACCCCUGGAAGCAGCAGCAUCUUUGGAGGAAGCCUGCGAAGCGGUGGCAGCCUUGGACGAAGUUUUGGCAAGAGCUUGACUGGUAGCAGUAGCCUUCGAAAGACCUGGGACCCAGAGACUGACAGCAUUCUUUCCCCUGGAGCUUUCUCUGCCGGCAAUUCUAGACAAAGUGGAAGCCUAAAGCGCUUGACCAUUGACCGCAACCUUCGCACUGAUUUGUUUUCCCGCUCGGCGUUGACCAAUGGUGAUGAGGCCGCACCACCAUCUAGCAAACUGAAGAAGAAAGUCAGCUUUGAUGACGCUGUCUCUCCAGGAGACUCUGCUGACAAGACCAAUGGGGCUAUUGUCCGUGUCGAAUCUGAAUCUUCUGAGCCCACUCCCGAAGAGCUCGGAUUCUUAAGGUCUGCCCGUAAACAAUCUUCUGCUAAUUCUACUCCAACUGCGCCCAAGAGCGUUGAGCUUCCUAACGGCACUCCAAGCGCAUCCUCAACCCCACAGAUGGAACAAGUCAGAGGCAAAGAGCUAGCUACCGUCCCAGAAAAUGGCGAGCAACCUGCUCUCACCACCCCAACCAAUAAACCCCUCGUUAUUGUUCCCAACGUGGACCCUAAGCCUGGUGAAUAUUGGAUGAAGCCAUCUCGUGCAGAGCUCAGCAAAAUGUCCCGUGAAGAGCUGAAACAGGUCCCUAAUUUUACAGUUGGCCGUGUCCGUUGUGGAUCUGUUACAUUUGACAGACCAGUUGACCUAACCACCAUCAACCUUGAUGACAUCUUUGACAAGAUUGCUAAGAUCACCAUCCGUUCUAUCACCGUUUACCCCGAUGAGGCAACUAAGCCUCCUCGUGGCAAGGGCCUUAACAUGCCAUCUACUCUUCGCAUUGAGAAUUCCUGGCCUCGUGGGAGAGACAAGAGGAGCCCAUCGCCAUUCACUUCUGGGCCAACGUUCGAGAAGCAUAUCAAACGUCUUAAGGAAGUUACGAACACUGAAUUCAUUGACUAUGAGAAGGAGACCGGUACUUGGGUCUUCACUGUCCCUCAUUUUACGACGUAUGGACUUGAUUAUGAUGAUGAUGACGAGGAUGAAGGUGAGAGCUUUAAUCAAAGCACUUUAAGCGCUGCUCCUGACUCUGUCGCUUCAAAUGAUCAGACCCCCACGCAGUCGUCCGGAAUGCGCAAUUUUGAUACCUCAAUGAGUAUUGAAGGCUCCCUUUUUGACGACUCUGUUAGCGGUUUGGAAGAUGAUACCUUUGAAUUUAAGAAAAAGAAACCCGUUCCGGGGGCAUAUGCUCGCCAGGGGGUAAAUGGAAUGGGGGCGUUACCGGAAGACAUGGAAUCUGAAGAAGAAGCCGACCAGGAUUCUUUUUUAGAGGACGGCUCCGCGGGUUCAGUUACUAAUGAAAGUGAGGAACAGCUGGAAAGCAUGUCACCCUCUGCAUCAGAACUUGAAUCGGACAGGGACGAGGAUAUGGAAAUGGCUGGUUCCUUCCCAGUCCCUGACCAAACCGUGGAGCUCACCUUGACUGGCCCCUUGAAAAAGAACAACUUAUUUCAAUCUAUGCCUCGAUUCGGCACUCCUACAAAGUCCGCGGACCUUAAUCUUCAGGGUAACUGGGCUGAACAACUUCAACGAACUAUCAGUCCACGAAAGCAAGAUAGACAAGCUCUCCGGGAGGUCCAAGAUAGGGCUUUUUUAGACAGAGAUGAAGAUGAGAGCCCAACCGCAACGUCGAAAGCAACUGAAGAGCGCCCAACGCAGUUCACUACUAGUAUCGAUCUUAUGAACUCACUAUUCCGACAACCCAAACGGCAAGGGGCGUCUCCUGCUCCUGCUCAAUCAUUGAAAGCCAAAAGUGGAUUAGAGUGGCCUUAUCCAAAGAAACCCAAGACUUUUGCGGGAAAAUCAAGCGAAAUGGCGGAAAUCGAGGCCUCAUUUCAUCACUCGACCAAGGCACGAUGGGGUGUCCUUGACGAGGUUGUGCUUCCAAACAAUAGACCCGAGGUACCCGUUUAUGGAGAGAAACGAUUGGUGAACGUUAGUAAAUUUGAUCAUGAAACUGCUGAGGUACGACUUUUCCGCUGUCUUCAACUAUGGCCACGUUCACUGACUUGUGAUGUUUUCAAGGCCCAAAACCCUCUACAAUUGCAGAAAACAAAAUCAAUUGUUCGCCUAGUCGACAACGUGCCUUUUGCAUCCUUGGCCCUUCCCAAUUUUGGAGCCUUAGCAGAGGCUGUUAUUGACACUACCAAAGCGGCGGACACUGAGAGGUGGCUGUGGCAAUUGGCUAACAUCUUGUUCAAUGAUGAUUUGGAAGACGAUAUUUCUGAGGGCGUCCCUGCUGGACUGCUUGAUAACUAUAAACAUCGUAUCAAGAAAGACCGCCUUAGUCGGUUGUGGGAAACAAUGAUUCGUGCCCAUCAUCCCAACGAGACUGGAGAGCUCAAAACGCCGGAAGAACGCGCCUUUUCCUACCUGUGUGCCCAUCGUGUUGAGGAGGCAUGCAAGUUACUUAUUGAUUCUGGGAACCCACACUUGGCGUCUCUCGUUUCGCAGAUAGGCCGUGAUGAAGAUACCAGGAAAGCUAUGCAAGACCAGAUAGAAUCAUGGCGCAAGGCCGGUAUCUCUUGUGAAAUUAGCGAGCCUAUUCGGGCCAUCUAUGAGCUGCUUGCAGGUAACUGCCUACGCAGUGAAGGAAAACCAAGCGGGCCCCCAGAGGAGCGGAUCUCAACCUUCAAUAUGUCAGACCGUUUUGAACUUGAUUGGUUCCAGGCAUUUGGCCUCCGGCUAUGGUAUGGAAUCUCAGACGAUGAUCCAAUUGAGGACGCUGUGACCUUAUUCCAUCAUGAUGUAUACCAUGAAGGUGAACCCCAGCAUCCACUCACUGUGACCACUAAAGACUCCAACCAAAAACCUGAUGACGACCCUAUUGGUCGCGAGUCUCCCUUCUGGAUUUUGUUGAAAACUUAUACCCUCGCCGUUAACGAUGGUACUCACCCAGAAAUCGCCCCAAUUCAGAUGCCAGCUGCUAUUACUCCAAUUGCAGUUUCCGGUCACAUGUUGCACAAUCGUCUAUCAUUCCAACUGUUCCACCAUCUAUCUAAAGUGGUAGGACAUCACGACGUUUUUGCAGUGGACCAAUCUCGAGCAGACCAACUUGCUUUGGACCUUUCUUGGGAGCUCACUACUGCCGAACAAUAUGCACCCGCUUUGUUUGUCCUCCUACAUCUUUCCCGCCCUUCAGACCGGGAGCGGAGUGUAAAGGAGAUUUUGAGUCGUUUUGCCUCUUUGAUUCCUUCUCCAACAGCUGAGAAUGGAACUCCAAGUUCUCUAUGGACAUAUCUUACUGUGGAACUUCAGGUCCCACCAGCUUGGCUUUGGAUUUCUAAGGCGCUGCACUCCCGAGCUGUUGGCGAUAUUGCUAGUGAAGUAGAGUGUCUCAUCCAUGCCAAACACUGGAACGAGGCCCAUGGAACCUUCUACCGCAUUGUUGCCCCUAAGGCAGUUAUUGAAAGGGAUUAUGAUACGCUUGCCUCGCUGCUUAGUGGAUUUGGGGAAAGCCCAGAACGAAGAGUUAGAGACUGGGCGGAUGGUGGUGCCGUAUACCAGGAUUUCCUCCAGCUGGUGAGUGCAAAGGGAGGAUGGAGAGACCCAGCUCCGCUCAAACGAUUGCUCAAGGCACUUGCACACCUUGGUGGAAAAGUUGAAAAGUCAGCAACUUCUAGCUUGUAUGAGCGCAUUGCUUUUAGGGAAAUGAGCCGUCUGGUUGCGGGAUGGGCUACAAAAGAUGUUGGAAACAACAUCGAGUCUUCCACAAUUCUUAACCUCCCGUUGACUCGAGACGCUCGACUCACGCACACUGCGGAAGUCAGCCGACGUUACUAUAACGCGAUCAUGGCUGGCGGAAGUACUUAG